CAAGCCGAGGGUGAUUGGGCAGCAAAUUAGACCGAAGUUGGAGGAAGUUAGCUUGCAAAAGUUUGAAGAAGAAAAGUACCUGGACAAAUCGCACACGAAAUUCGCCAAGAUGUCGCUUUACCCAACACUCGAAGACAUGAAAGUCGACAAAAUGGCUCAGGCACAAGUUGCUCAGAGCCAAGCAGGACAGCAGCAAAUACCCCAGCAGGCAUUACCACCACAAGCCCAAGCCCAAGGAUAUCCUUCUUCUACAUCAAGUCUCUACCCAUCAUUGACGGAAUGGAUGGGCUUGCCAAUUGAUGAAGGAACUAUAAGCAAAGAAAUGCCUGAAUCUGGCCUGGCUGUCAUCCAGUACCAGCAUUCAGGACCUGUUACAUCAUAUUCAUCUGGCGGCAUGGUGGCUCCAGUGACUGGCAAUCAGAAUGCUGGCCUUAUGAGAGCUGAAGUGAAGCAAGGAAUUAGAGAGUUAAUUGCAUGCAAGGACCAAAGUGGAAAAGUUGGAUUACGUGUUCGCUCAGUAAACAAAGGCGUGUUUGUUUCAUUUGUGAUGGCUGGAUCUCCAGCAGCUUUGGCUGGCCUGAGGUUUGGGGACCAGAUAUUGCAAAUCAAUGGUGAAACACUUGCUGGCUAUGAACAUGAAAAAGUAAUGAAGAUUCUUAAGCAAGCAUCAGCACAAAGGAUUCACUUUGCUGUCAGAGACAGACCAUUUGAAAGAGCAAUCACCUUGCAAAAGGACAGUCAUGGCCAUGUUGGGUUUAUUUUCAAAGACGGGAGAAUAAGUUCGAUCGUGAAAGACUCUUCUGCAGCACGGAAUGGGCUUUUGACAGAACACAAUAUUCUUGAAGUCAAUGGUCAGAAUGUUGUUGGCUUAAAGGACAAAGAGAUCAGUAGAAUCCUUGCUGAAGCAGACAGAUCCAUAACAUUGACAAUUAUGCCAUCGUUUGUCUACUCUCACAUGGUGAAAUGCAUGGCGGAAGGUUUAGUCAAGAAGCACAUGGACCAUUCAGUUCCUGAUAUCUAAAAUGACUGCAAUUGGUGUAUUCCUGGCGUAGUUUAUGUAAUGAAAAUUUAAGUAACAUACGCAAUUACAUUGACUUUUUCGGUAGAAAACAGUAUUCAGCACAUGUUCACGUCGCAAAGCUGGUAAAAGGGAGAAUUUCACAUUUUUAUUCUGAGAGCAUUUUAUAAUUUAAAAUAAAUGCUGACAACAGUGACUAUUUCAGAAUGCCUGUUUUUUGCUUUAGUUUUUAGCUUGGCUUACUGUGGCCACAAUGUCCCAAACAGACUGACCUAUCCCUUGACCUGACCGGUCCUAUCCCUUGAUCCACACUAAUGUGUUUCAUUGAAAAACCUUCAGCUCUCCGCAAUGUCCAACCUUUGGAAUCCCUUAUUGACGAUUCGAUGAUGUUUCUCUAUUUUCUUGGCGUAAUAGGUUAACUUUGACAAGCCUACAUUGUAACGUUACUUGCCAAGAAUGGAAUAGGUCAAAUCCUUGUCCUGCUCUCUUGUCCGACUUGUUCUUGACGUACCAUCUCGCAAUGUCAAGCAUUUGUGUAUCGACAAGAGAUUUGUGUAACGACUAGAGGUUUGUUCUCUGGUUAGAUCGACAAAGCACACAUUUUAAGGUUUGAAGAAAGAAUAUUCCUUCUCUCUUUCGUCCAUUCUCCCAUCUAUGCCAACAGUAGCAAGCCCUCGCAUUUAUUUUUUGUUUAUUGGAAAUUCAGGCCAUAUGAUAUUUUUCAGCAAAUAGCUUUACCUUGUCUGAAUAUUUUUUGUUAUAAUCACAGGUUGAAGCAGAUCUAAUUAAAGAUGUAAUUUUAAGCUCUAUUAUUUAAUAUUAUUUUUGCAUCUAAUUUUAUUACAAGAAAGCGAUCGAA